UUUCCCUGACCAGAAAUCUGUCACUUUACCACACAUGAAGCUUCAGUGAUGAAACUGUGGUCCUUGCUCAGGAGCAAGUGGAAGAUGCAGAUGGGUGAAGGUCAACUCUGCUUGUUAUCUUUUGAAUUUGGCCUUGGCUGGAUGACUUCUCUACUCAAUGAAUUGAUGGAAGCUUGAAAAGCAGUUGUGUGUUGGAGCUUAUUUUUUUGCUCCUCCUGGGAAAUGUAACCAACAUCUUGUGAAUGAGCCUGGGGUGGCCUACUGGAUGAUGAGAGAUGUGUGGAUAAAGCCCCCAUCACACAGCUAACACUGACUAGCUGUCAGACAAGUGAAUGAGUCCAUCUUUGAUCACCUUGUUCUCAGUCAAGCGAAGAACCACCCAGCCAAGCUACAAAAUCAUGAAAAGCUAUCAUAGCAUUUUCUCUUCACCAUUCAGUCAUAUCUACUUACACAAGGAGUCCAGCAGUCAACAAAGAAGAAAUUUCUUUUUCUGGAGACAAAGAGAUACUUCACACAGUAUAGUUUUGCCAGCUGCAGUUUCUUCAGCGCGUCCUGUCCCGAAGCAUAUAAAGAAGCCAGACUAUGUGACGACAGGCAUUGUACCCGACUGGGGAGACAGCAUAGAAGUUAAGAAUGAAGAUCAGAUUCAAGGGCUUCAUCAGGCUUGUCAGCUGGCCCGUCAUGUCCUUCUCCUGGCUGGGAAGAGUUUAAAGGUUGACAUGACAACUGAAGAGAUAGAUGCUCUUGUUCAUCAGGAAAUCAUCAGUCAUAAUGCCUAUCCCUCACCUCUAGGCUACGGAGGCUUUCCAAAAUCUGUUUGUACCUCUGUAAACAACGUGCUCUGUCAUGGUAUUCCUGACAGUCGACCUCUUCAGGAUGGAGAUAUUAUCAACAUUGAUGUCACGGUCUAUUACAAUGGCUACCAUGGUGACACCUCUGAAACAUUUUUGGUGGGCAAUGUGGAUGAAUGUGGUAAAAAGUUAGUGGAAGUUGCCAAAAGGUGCAGAGAUGAAGCAAUUGCAGCUUGCAGAGCAGGGGCCCCUUUCUCUGUAAUUGGAAACACAAUCAGCCACAUAACUCAUCAGAAUGGUUUCCAAGUCUGUCCACACUUUGUGGGACAUGGAAUAGGAUCUUACUUUCAUGGACAUCCAGAAAUUUGGCAUCACGCAAAUGACAAUGACCUGCUCAUGGAAGAGGGCAUGGCAUUCACUAUAGAGCCAAUCAUCACCGAGGGAUCUCCUGAAUUUAAAGUCCUGGAAGAUGCCUGGACUGUGGUCUCCCUGGACAACCAAAGGUCGGCCCAGUUCGAACACACCGUUCUCAUCACGUCGCGGGGCGCAAAGAUCCUAACCAAGCUGCCGCACGAAGCCUGAGAAGUGGCCCCAAAGUUGGAGAGGCCUGGCACCAUUAUUUGCAAUUGCUGAACACUUUUAAAUGAAAGGGGAAGGGCAGAUCGCGAAGGAACCUACCUACCACCUCAGCGUGCAGGGAGAAGUGCGGUGGCACUGGGAAAUGCGAGCCGCAGUCCGGGCCAGCCCAGCGGCUCGGAAAGGAAGCUGCGGCCACGGGCUCGCCUCCGGCGGGAAGAGAAAAGGGGACGCUCUACUUAGGGCUCAGAGCGACGCCUGGAGAAGCGCAGUUCCCGGCCCCUUGCCCAGACCCUGCCUUAGUAAAAACCCGUUAAACCCUC